CGCCUGAGCGGGCAAUAUCGUGUUUUCGACUAGAGGCAUCGCGGCGGUACGUUGAAUGGUGUGAUGCGGGUCGGUUGAUGCUUUGGAAAACUAUGAGGAUGGUCAGUGGAGAGGGACCGCCCACCGAGAAGCUAUAUACCGGGCGACAUGUGGGACAAGCGUGGGGUCCUAAAUUGUGCUACCAAUAGACGCCUCUCUGAAAGCAGUAUUGCUGCUUUUUUGAUGCAGACAGCCAUCACGCUGGCCUUGUCGGACUAGCACAUGUUGGGGCCGAAAUGGAGUGUGCCUGCAUGUAAACCUUGGUACGGGGUAGCAUUCUCGUAGCCUCACUUUGAUACUCAGUAAGCAGCCGGGUGAGUGUUUCCAGCCUCAUUUUGAAGUCUUUCAAUACGAGACGUCUGUUCCUCCCUUCGAAAGAUUUUUCUCUGCAGAGCAUUCAUCAUGUCGCAGUCUUUCAAAGAAUUCGCCUUGGGAGGCAGUCCGAGCAUCACGGAGAGCGAGAUGCCUCCACGAGCAAAGUCCUUGAACUUUGAAGGCAAUGAUAAUUCACAGCCUUACACGACAAGGAAUCAUCAUAGAGUUUAUAAGCACUUGAACCAGUGGCAUAUUCUCUUGAUUACGAUUAGCGGAGUUAUUGGAAUGGGUCUCUUUGCCAACAGUGGCGAGAUUCUCAGAAUAGCUGGACCGAUGGGUGGCAUAACGGCCUACCUUAUUGUUGGCAUAUUCGUCAUUUGUGUGAUGGAAUGUAUUGCGGAGAUGGUUGGUCACUGGCCUAUUGCAAAUUGCAUGUUCGAGUUCGUUGCCAAAUUUGUGGAUAAAGACUUGGCUGUAGUUGUUGGUAUUGCUUAUUGGUACUGCUAUGCAAUUGGCUUUGCUACCUUGAUCGUUGUUGCCGCAAACCUGGCAAGCUUCUGGACCUGGUCAAGCACCAUACAGGACUUGAUCUUCACAGUGGGUAUAAUGGCAAUACUAAUAGCAAUCAACUGCCUUGGUGUGCUCUGGUAUGCUAGAGUAGAGAGUGUACUAGGCUGGAUGAAGAUCUUGCUGGUCGUUGGCUCUUUCUUGACCAUGCUCGGUAUCAAUCUUUCAGAUACUGGUGCGGACACGCCUAAUGGCAGGAUAGGGAAAUCAAACAUCGAUGAUGGCUAUCAACACGAUCCAAAUGUUGCCAGGAACACCGGAGUCGCCGUCCUAGUCGCCAUCCCUAUUGCAGCAUAUGCAUAUUGCGGUGUCGAAAUCGUAGCCGUCACCGCACUCGAAGCUAAAAAUGAGCAGUCAUUGAAGUUUCCUGCGAAGUGGAUAGCCUGGAUCACCACCUUAGCCUACGUCAUAAGUGUAAUUGGGUUCUACUUGAAUGUGAGCUGGCUAGAUGUCGCGCUCCCAAUCAUGGAAGGACGAAAGAACGAGAUGUCCAACAACACAAUAACAACUCCGUCAAACUCGACAACCAUGCAAAACACUGCUCUGGUUAUCAUUGCUACUCUGGAAGCAAAAGUACCUGCAUUACCAAGUAUUCUUAACAUUGGUCUCAUUAUUGCGGUGCUAAGUACUUCAAAUACGUGCCUUUACGUUGCUUCACGGACACUCUUUGGCCUUACUCGAAAAAUCGAUAAAAAUGAUCCAAUCUGGGGAUGGAUGUUAAGAUUCAGUCGAACGACUCCUAGGACGAGAAUCCCUGCUUUUGCUCUGUUGUUCUCGGCGUUGUCGUUCUGCUGGGUUCCGUUCUUGCGUUUUAGCAAGAGUCUCACCAACCAGGAACUUCAGGAAAUCAUGAGCGCAAUAGCAACUGUUGGUGUGGUUAUUGUCUGGGCUGCGCUUUGUGCUGCUUUCAUUCGAUAUCGUUGGUGGUUGAAGAUGUGGGAGGGGGAACUGGUCGGUCGUUAUAAAGAAUAUAACUACUGGCUGAUAGAGAAUAAUACUGUCCCUUUCAGAACGGUUCUUGGCGGAUACCAACCUGCUCCUGCUUGGAUAGGUCUUAUUUCGUGUAUCUUGAUCAUCCUCGUCUUUUCCACUGCUAGUUGGUGGGAUAACGAAGAGAAGGGCGACGCGGUUGUUGCUGCGUUGGCUGGGCCAUUGAUCCUGUUCGGCAUUUGGGGUGUUCGGAAAGGUUUCAAAUGGCGCAGUGGUCGCGUAGAGUGGUAUGUAAAACUGGGUACUUGGGAGGAACUUAAGAAAGUUCUGGACCUACUGCGAGGAUCAAGAGAGAGCGACGACAAUAAUGAUGACCCAGCAACCGACCAGCCCGUUCAACAAGAACAUUCAGUGGCAUCACCGUCAUGGAGAGCACCUAAUUUCCCCAAUUUACCCACGUGGUUAGGUGGGGGCGGGAACGUGUUCACACCACUCUCUGACCAGGAUCCAGUCCACGAUUUCUAUCGUGGAAAUAACAGUGGAAAUGUAUCACCGGCUACUAGACCCGCGUACGGAUCCUUAGGCAUCCACGACCCGAACGGCUUCGAAUUGGUUCACAAUCCCUCACAUGGAUCCGAAGCAGGACAUACAAGAGCCUCUGACCUAUACAGGGUCUCGAUUCCAGGUUCCCCGAGACGAAAGCCUGUACCUAGUACAGGCUCCAUUUCUGUUCACAGUGAACUGAACUUGGGCGACUCAAUGCAACGACUAAGCCCACCAACGUCAGCAGCAAAUUACACGCAAUUCAACUCAGCGAGAAGCCUGUCCCUCGCAGAUAUCUCACCUGCGGUAUCGACAAGAAGGAGUAGCAAUACGCUACUUCCUCCUGAACGCAGCGAUUUCUUGGGACCUGGGCUGUCGAGACCGGCUCUGGUUGAUGAGCGAGAUCUUUCUCCGCAGGAUAGUAUGAGGAGAGUGGUCUGGGGACAGCAGUUGACGCCACAGUCACCAGGGGAGCGGAUCUCAAGAAAAGCUGUCAGUGAACCUGAUACGGGACCCAUGCGUACAGGAGACAGGCAGAGAUUGCAGAGGUCGAGGGAGAGGGAAGGAUUAAGGGAUGAGGCGCUGAGGGAGGGAUCGAUUCCUGCUCCUCCGGCUCAGUAUCAGCCUAGGGGUUCUGGCGAUAUCGUUGAUGAGGCUUUGGAGUAAUGGGAAUGGAUCAAAUUGUUACCGGAAGAUUGAUAUAUCCGAGCAUUGGCGUCUUGGUUUAGCUAUUAUCAAUCUUUUCUUUCUCUUUCGAAAUAUCCUCAGAAUAUUAGGGCAAUAGAACUUCUCAAGGC